AAAACUGUACACAUACAUGCUGUCCUUAUCAGUUUGAGUUAAAACCACAGUUUCAGCUGCCUCAGUUGCACUCUGGUAGGAGCCAUCAUGGAGAGAGCUGUGGUGCGAAUCACCCUCUUUGGGCUGCUGCUGGCUUUGGCUACCACACUACCAAACAAGGACGACUGGGACAUCUACAGCUUUCACAUCAACUCCACAGUGUCCAGUCGUUAUGCAACCACUGUCAUCAAGAGCCGCGUGGCCAAUCGGAUGAAUGAGUCAAAGGAAAUAGAAUUCCAAGUCCGGAUUCCCAAGAACGCCUUCAUCAGUAAAUUCAGAAUGUUUAUAGAAGGUCAAGUGUACGAUGGUGCUGUGAAAGGUAAAGAGAGCGCUCGGCAGCAGUACACUGAGGCUGUGUCCCGUGGUGAAAGCGCUGGGCUGGUCAGUUCUGUAGGGAGGACUCUGGAGGAAUUCAAAACCUCUGUUACUGUGGCUGCUCACAAAAAGGUCACCUUUGAACUCACAUAUGAGGAGAUGCUGAAGCGAACGCUUGGAAAAUACAAGCUGCAAAUCCACGCUCGACCCAUGCAGCCUGUCAAAGACUUCAAGGUUGAUGUGCACAUUAACGAGAAAACCGGCAUCAAUUUCAUCGAGAUUAAAGGAGGACUGAGCACCAAAGCCCUGGCUAAUGCCAUCACCAAAACACACGCCGACAAACAGGCGUGGGUGUAUUUCUACCCGACAGAGGACCAACAGAAAACGUGUGACAGCUGUGGGGAGCAGGGUAUGAAUGGAGAUCUGGUUAUUGUGUAUGAUGUCAACAGGGACACCUCUCUCGGAGAAAUCGAGAAAUCAGAUGGAUACUUCGUUCAUCACUUUGCUCCGUCCAGUCUUGCCCGCAUACCAAAAAAUGUUGUCUUCGUUAUUGAUCAAAGUGGCUCAAUGCGCGGCAGAAAAAUAGAACAGACCCGAGUAGCAUUACUCCACAUCUUGAAUGACCUAGCAGAGGAGGACCACUUUGGUCUUAUCACUUUUGAUGGCAACAUUUAUCACUGGAAACGAGAACUUAUUCAGGCCAACAAGGAAAACGUUGAGAGUGCCAAGACAUUUGCACGGAAUAUCAGACAUCGAGGAGCCACAAACAUUAACGAUGCAGUGUUGGAAGGAGCACGUAUGCUGAAUGCACAUCCCAGAGAAGGUUCAGCGUCCAUCCUCAUACUUCUCACCGAUGGAGACCCAAACUCAGGGGUGACAAAUGUCGAAGUAAUCCAUUCAAAUGCCAGGCAGGCCAUUGCAGAUAAAUUCCCACUCUACUGUCUUGGUUUUGGUUUUGAUGUUAAGUUUGAGUUCCUUGAGAAGAUGUCGCUGCAGAACAACGGUGUGGCCCGACGGAUUUAUGAAGACUCUGAUGCAGAUUUACAGCUGAAGGGUUUCUAUGAAGAGGUGGCUACUCCUCUAUUGAUAGAUGUGACAAUGAUCUAUAACGGUGGGACCAAUCUAACCCAGACCAACUUCAGCCAGUUUUAUAAUGGCUCUGAGAUCGUGGUGGCUGGUCAGAUCACUGACAAUGACAUCGAAACCUUUACUCCACAAGUUGUGGCCAUUUCAAGGAGUAGAAAGGUGACCUUUUCUGAAACUAACACCACUGUGGAGUCCACUGGAACAGUUUCCGACAGCCACAUCCAGAGGGUCUGGGCCUACCUCACAGUCAAACAGCUUCUGGAGAAAGAGCUGCUGUUAUCUGGAGCUGAGAAGGAGAAAGUGAAGAAAGAGAUCUUGGAGCUGUCGCUGAAGUACAACUUUGUGACCCCGCUCACAUCCAUGGUGGUCACCAAGCCUCCGGGGGAGAAGACAGAUGUGCUCCAUAAACCCAAGGAAGGGGAAGCACACAGUCCACCCAUGUCAGGUGGAGCAUGGGCAAAACAUCAACCUGUAGCGCACAGUCCAUCCAUGCGAUCUGGAGGGUUGGGAGGAGGUUUCUCACCGCAGAGCUAUGAUGCGUCCAUAAGGAAUAGUCAACCUGUGUCAAAUAGAAAAAGGAAACGUCCUGUAAAGAACAGACUACAGCAGUCCGUUCAAGUUCCAGAUUCCGAAAGUUAUUUGCGGUCUGAAAUACGUCCCUUUCGGCCAGUCACACCAUCUCAUGCUCCUCACGUUGAUACCUCAAUGAAAGUGCAUCCCACCAUUGUGCCAGACAGAACAGCUAAAGCUCCUCUCUCCCACAGGUUUUUGCUAAAAUCUGAGAAUCUGUCUCUUCCACUGUGCUUCGACGUCGCUGGAGAUGUUCGCCUUAAACUACUUCAUCAUCCCACUAGGGAGCUGUCUGUGAAUGGUGAGCUUGAUUCAGUCAUGAAUGGAGGCUUCAAAAAGAUUGUCAUCCACUUAAACACUGACCUGCAUGUUGAGGUGGACACCAAUGAAAUCACUGUACGAGACGGACAGACGCUGACACGCCACAGUGGACAGGAUGUCUUCACAGCUGGAAGUUUGUCCGUGAUAAAGCGGGACAAGGAAAUAGAUGUUGCAGUUGGAGACACACGCGUGGUCAUCUUAAUUCAUGUGAAGGAUGGAGAAAAAUUCCUCUGGCCGGUUUUAAGACAGCAGCCACUGGAAGGGAACGUCACAGGAAUUUUAGCUCUGAAGCCAGCAGUUUAUGAGGAGCUGCAACAAACUCCCUCAAUCCAACUUUGUAGGGCCAAUGCUGUCGACUACAGUAUCGUCUCCCCUCCGACACUGGACUGCUGGCUCAUGUCUGCUGAGUCUGUCCUGCAGAGACGUCUGGAUGAUUUCAUCGUUACACAACUUUAACUGGGAACCAUGUUGAAUCACUUGCAGAGAUUUCAUUUAAAAGGAAAUAAAUCAAACACUCAUUAAUCAUGGAAAAAAGACUUUCCGCCUGCUACUAACAUAAACAAAUAAAUAAUAUUCCUGA